UUCCCCCAGUCAUCAGGGCAUCCUCUGGGCAUUGGGCCCUUCCCUCCACUGGACUCGGAUGGGAUGUUUACCUGUCUGUGCAGCAGGAAGGGAUACCCAGGUAGUAGGAAGUUGAAACCUCCCCUGGAGCUUACAUUUAAAGCCACACAGCAUUCUGGACAAUGGCUUUGGAGACCGAGAAAUCUACCCGGCCCAGGACUCGACGUGUGUGUCCGCGCAUCCCUGAGCCAUCCGGACUCCCCACUUUGCUCUGUGUGCAAUGGAGAUCAUUCUAUCCGCUUCACACUCGGGAGGCUCAAAGAAGGCCCGAGGCUUUGUAACCGGGCCAAGUGGAGCCUUGCUACUAACCCCACUCUCACCGCAUCCCUCGACACGUUGAUACCUUCCAUGCUCCCGGAACGUAAAACUUUUCCCCACCGUCUGACCCACCCAGGCCACUAUCCCUACCACCUAAGGAGUGUGAAUUCCAGAUGCCAGUUCGCGCUCUUGUUUUUGUCUUCCGUUUGGGAGGGAGCCGAUCUCGAUCUAGGGGCCUCAGGAUGGAAACCAUCCGUCCGCACCGCCAGAGAAGGUCGGCUGGGUCCGGAAAUUCUGCGGGAAAGGGAUUUUCAGGGAGAUUUGGAAAAACCGCUAUGUGGUGCUGAAGGGGGACCAGCUGUACAUCUCCGAGAAGGAGGUAGGUGUCCUCUCCCACCUCUGGACCUGUUUUCUCAAACAUUCCCCGUUUUGUCCCUCCACAGGGGACUUCCUGACCUCCGUCCUCCCCCUGCCUCCCACCCGCGUUGUGUUCCAAAAGCAAGUUCAGCAAUUCGCUUCUCCACUUGCAUCCACAAUCUUUCCCGGCCUCUAGUCACUUCCCAGCCUGAAGCCCGGAACCCGGGGAAGGGGAGAGUCCUGGAGGAACCACGCUGUGCCAAAGCGACAGGCAAGGACAGCAGUCACUGA